CCCCCUCCCACACCCACACCCACACCCACCUCCCACCACCUCCCACUUCCUCUCUCAGCAGCAUGGGAAAGGGCCAGUCCAAGAACGCAAAGGCGUCUCCGUCAGAGAGCAAGCCCAAGGUUACCGCACCUGUGGCCAAGGAUACCAAGCGCGCGCUGCGGAAGCUCAACCCAAAGGUGGCUGGUGAUCUGGUGGCGGAGACGCGGCUGACCAAAGACGAGGUCUCUGCUCUGCACACCUACUUUCAGCAGCUGGAGAGCCUGGAUGGAGUCGACUACUCGGACGGCGUGACACGGGAGACCUUUAUCCAGCACUGUCUCAAGGUCGAUCUCGGUCAUGCUGAUGCCGCUGAUCGACUCUUCUCGCUCUUUGACGUCGAUAACUCGGGCUCGAUCGAUUUUCGUGAGCUCUGCCUCUUCACCUCGCUCAUGGGCCGCGGCUCGACAACCGAGAAGAUCCGCUACGCCUUUGCCGCCUUUGAUCUCAACUCGGAUGGCGCUCUUGACACCGAUGAAGUCCGCGGCAUGCUGCAGGCCUCGCUCAAGCUCGCCGAGUCGCUUUGCAUCGCCAACCGCGAAGAGAGCGAGAUCCUCGCCGCAGACUCAUCCGCGGCAGAGGCCAUCACCAACGACCACGUCGAGGAAGUCUUCCGCGACGUCGACACCAACCAGAACGGAACCAUCGAGCUCGACGAGUUCCUCAACGCUGGCACUUCGAACAAGUACAUCAAGCGCGUUCUUGACUUUUUCUACAUGAUCUCGCACCCGGCCUACGUCGACGCCCAACGGAAGAAGAAGGCUGCGCGCGCUGCCGCCAAGGCCCAGGCUGCGACAGUUGAACCUGCCGCCCCUGCCGCCGUCGCUGCCUCUUCUUCGGCUGAUCCCCCUGCUAACGCCGCAAGCCCGGCCGACAGCGACUCGGAUCUGGACUCCUCCGACUGCUCCGACUGGUCGUCCUUCUACUCGUCAUCAUACGAGUGAUGGUCGCCACGGCAUGUCGAGCGCCCCGCCUCACAGAAGCGACCAUCUUGAACAUAGUGUCGCUCAUCCGACCAUCAGACAAACGCACAUUUGAUACUC